AAACUACAUGUUUAUUUAUUAAAAUAUUAUUGAGAGUUUAUAGAUUGUACAAAGGUAUUCUGUUCUUGCAAGUUUCAUUUCUGAUAUGUUCUGUAUCUACACAUUAAAUAGAUUUUUGGCACCCAAAAGACAGACUGAGAACUUGGGUCCCAAUCCCAUGCAUUGUAGUGACACUGCAGCACUUCAGAAAGCAAAGCUAUUCCGUUCUUGAGGUUCCUGUAAAUAAAAUUUAAAAACCACAAAGGAUUUUCCUAAUAACCUUUCUGAAAGCCUCAUAUUUUCUCAGCUUUACCCUUGGACUGAGCAUUUUUAAAAUCUGUCAUUGUCUGUAGGGAGAUAAAGGAGGAGAAAGAGGACAAGUUAAAUUUAAAAUUGGUUCUUGAGCUCUUAAGUGUCUUUAUCUACAUGCUGGCUUGAAAUAUUUCUAGGGAAUUUCACCUUUCAGACUACUUGGUUUCUGUGAAUCUUACUGUAAAAUGGUUGUUCCUAAAUAAGGCGGGGAAGGGGAAGAGGGAACACAUAAACCCUUUCAUCAGCCUGAAUACAUCCUGUUCCAGAAUGGAUUUUAUCCAAAGAAACAUCCAAAGAAUGCAGGCAGGAGUAUGUGAGGUUUCAAACAACUGUUGAUCAGACAAAGUGAGGACGAGUUCUGUAAAACGUUUAAAUCUUUUGCACACCUACAGUACCAGAAAGUUACCUAAUGAAGAAUGUUUCUUUACUUAUUUUGUAUUAAUACUCUUCAAGCAACAUAGCUGUUUCUGACAAUACCUGGUUCAAUUAGACAUUCUCCAUUCCUUAGGCACUGUUGCAGGAAGUAAGAUGAAUAAGUGCCAAAUUCUGAGAGCACGUUGCAAAAACAAGCUUGAGGGCAUGAUGUGCAUUAAUAAUUGAAAAAUUAAAAGAGCAUCUGAUAACAAUCAUUCCUCUGCAGUUUGAAAUGCCCCUGAUACUGAACUGCUUUCUCAACACCUUAUGGCUUUAAUUUAAUGCAUGUGUCAGCAGUCAGGAAUCUAGAGUACCAAGCAAUGUUAGAGGCUUCAAAGACAGAAUGAUUUUCUGUCCAUAUGAGCUCUUAUCUUUAACGCAAAGGGCUCUGCCUAAAAUGUUAAAAGUAUGGAUAAUGUUCACGUCUGAUCUAAAAACGUGAUCUCUUUUUGCAGUUGCAUUCUGAGGGAGACUUCAUUCCACAAAGCUGUCGAAAAAGUCACGAAGCUUCAACAGAGAAUGAACUCAAGGUGAUUUGACGUCAGCAUUCUGAGAAACAGUAAAGCUUCCAGGUGGUGCUUAACGCAUAGAAGUCAAGGUUUCUCAAAAAUGAGCAUAGUUCUAGUCUGUGGGACAUUUGCAGUUAAUUGACAGAAACAAACACCUAAAAUCUGGAAAUAGGUGCAGCUCUUGGUCUGGACGGCUCAGAAAUUAACAGCAAAAAAACAACAACUAUCUCAUUCUGGAGAAGGCUGUGAUAUUCUUUGCAUCAACUCCGAAGGGUCUCUCUCUCUCCAGCAUUUAAAGGCUCAUCAAAAUGAAAAAUUGGAGUUUAUUUCAUUUGUUUCUCCAGAAUGUAUUGAUAGUAGGCACAGCUGGCUUGACUUUAGAGAGUUGUUUCCAAGAGCAGCUGAAACUCCAGGCCCAGGUGAGACUUCUGGAACAAAGUGUGAAGCAGCAACAAGCCAAGAUUGUGCAGCUCUUAAUCGAGAAGGACAUGCAGUACAGAGAUAAAGGAAGUGAAAACAGUGUUAUUGAUCUGGGAGAAGAAAGAGAAUAUAAAGAUUGUGCGGAGAUCUAUAACGCUGGACACAAACAGAGUGGAUAUUACAAGAUGAAACCUCUUGAGAGCCCCAGAGGAUUCUCUGCCUACUGUGACAUGUCAGAAGGAGGAGGAUGGACGGUCUUUCAGAGACGGUCAGACGGGAGUCAAAAUUUUGAUAGAGACUGGGCUGAGUAUGAACAAGGUUUUGGCGAUUUUGCUUCACCAGAUGGUGAAUACUGGCUUGGAAAUAAAAAUCUCCACUAUCUGACCUCUCAGGGGAAUUAUACCUUGAAAAUUGAUCUGUCUGAUUUUAUGGAUGAACAGCGUUUUGCACAGUAUGAAAAUUUCAGAGUUGGAGACGAACAGAGCUCUUACAAGAUGAACUGUGGGCAGUACUCUGGAACAGCAGGAGAUUCCCUCACUGGGGGGUUUCACCCCGAAGUUAAAUGGUGGGCAAACCACCAAGGAAUGAAAUUCAGUACAAAGGACAGAGAUAAUGACAACUACGAAGAGAACUGUGCUGAAGAAGAUAAAGCUGGCUGGUGGUUUAACAGAUGUCACUCUGCCAACCUGAACGGCCUGUACUACAAUGGACCCUACUCGGCAGCGACAGACAAUGGAAUUGUGUGGUACACGUGGCACGGUUGGUGGUAUUCUUUGAAAUCGGUUGUCAUGAAAGUCCGGCCGUCAGACUUUAGCCCUAAUGAGGUUUAAGUUUAAUGAUGUCGGCACUCAUCCUUUUUGUGCAAGCCGGUCUGGAUCGUAUGGGGACUUUCUUCAUCCAUCUCUGUGCAAAUCAUGGAAGACUCUACCAUGGACAGGAGCUGAAUUUCCAGCCUAGAGCAAAGUGUUUCUGGGCUUAGCUGUACCUAGCCCUUUGUCAAGGCAAAUACGGUAGGUUUCACACAAGGCAAAUCAUAAUCCUGCCCUCUAAUAUAUAUAUAUCAGAGUCUUACAGUCUGGAUAUACCUAUUCAAAAACCACAUCUUUCAGAUGCUUUAAACUAGUGACCUAUAUAUUGCAGCUUCAUCGCGCAGUGUCUGCAGUUUCUGUAACACUAUAUUCAGCUUGUCAUGUUACAUUUAUGUAUGGUUUAAGACUGGGGGAGGUGAAUUUCAUAAGGGACACAGGCUGCAUAGAUACCAUACAUUUAAAGCACAUUACCUCCCCUCCCCCAACACACAAAAAGAAUCGGGGGGGGGGGAUUGGGAAUUAUAGGGUCAGAGC